AUGCCCACCUAUUUCUAUUUUUUAUUGACGCUUCUUAAGUCAAUAAAUUUGUCAUUUGGGGAUGCUGAUAGAUCACAUGAAUUAGAACCUGAUAAUAUUAAUUGCCCAGUAACUACAUUUCCGAGACCCCCAUUUUGUAGAAAACCCUGUAGCCAUCAAGAACAAUGCCGAAGAGGGAAUAAACUUUGUCUUUGCGAUGGCGAGUGUGGACUUAGCUCAAUUAAUUGCCACCCGCUUGUUGAUCUUCCAAAUGGAUAUAUUCAGACACCAACAGGAUUCCUUUUUAACUCUAUUGCCGAAUAUGGAUGUGAUUUGGGUUAUAUUUUAAUUGGCCCGUCACAACGUAGAUGUCAAGGAAAUAAAGAAUGGUCAGGUUCUCGACCUGUUUGUCGACCCCUUUGUAUAAUUACUUCUGAGAAAAAAUAUUUUAAAAUAAAUUUUUAG